AUGGUUACCCCGCGACCUGUUGCAAACAAGCCCCACGUGUGCCUGACGGCGGUCCUCAUCAUGACCAGCCUGGCGCUGAUGGAUGGUUAUCUGGUGGAGCAGAAUCCCGGUCCCAGGAGGCUCGGGGUGUGCGUCACAGUGUUGGCGAGUGACGCCUGUUUCCUCAUCGUCCUUCGAUAUGUUGCCAUCUGGGCCGGGUCAGAGGUGCACACUGCGAGGCGAGGCUACGCCAUGAUACUCUGGUUCUUCUACAUCUUUGUCUUGGAAAUUAAGGUCUACUUUGUUUAUCAGAACUACAAGUCUCAGGACACAAAUGUAGAUGCAGAGGAGAUGGAAGCAGGUCUAUCCAGGAGCGCUCUUACACUGCUGCUGUCUGUCUGCAUGCCCAUCGUGUUCAUAACACUGGCUGCCAUAGAUCACCUGGAGUACCUGCGGCCAUAUAAAAAAAGAGAGGAGAUACGGAACCGCCUCUUCUGGGUGGUGCUGGACCUGCUGGAUGUUGUGGACGUUCAAGCGAAUCUAUGGGAGCUUCAAAGCGAAGGGCUCCCAUUGUGGGUGGAGGGAUUGAUGUUCUUCUACUGCUACAUCCUCCUCCUGGUGCUGCCAUGCGUCUCCCUGAGCGAGAUCAGUAUGCAGGGGGUGAACAUCGUCCCCCACAGAAUGAUGCUCUAUCCCAUCCUUAGCCUCGCCACCAUCAACAUCAUCACCCUCUUAAUCCGUGCGGGAAACCUGCUGGUCUACGGUGACAUCCGAGUGUCGGGGAUCAUGAUGGGAAAGAACGUGAUCGCCAUCGUUGUGAAGAGCUGCAGCCUGGCGCAGUACAGGAAACACCAGCCGGCUUCUUCUCCUGCAGAUCGAGGUGCCACGAUCCAGAAGAGCUCUCAGGAGGAGGUUCAGGUGUCCAGCGCCCAGCAUGCGGUGCUGCCCAGAGUCGUGAUCGAGGACUUCACCAGCAUACCAGAGGAGGAGGAGGAAGAGGAUGAAGAAGGUGAGGAGGGAAGUGAUGAUGGAUGCCAACAAGAGGUGACCUCUAAUGAGGAUGAGAUAAAAGCAGGAGACACCCAGCCGUGA